AUGAACCAAGAAGAAGAUAUUUUAGAAUUAUCAGAAUCUAAAGAAAUAGAUUGUAUAUUAAAUCAAAAAGGAAAUAUUGAACAAAAUAAAAUGAAAAUAGAAGAAGAUAACACUAAGAAAUUUAAAUUCAAUUUAACAGUAAAAGACACACUUAAAACUUCAUUAAACAAUUUUUUAAUAAAAUUAGAAUCAAUUGAUAGAAAAUUAAAUAAUAUUAGAAUGAAUUUAAUUGGUAAAAAUAAUUCAAUUAAUAGUAAUAAUUUAAUUAAAAAUAAUUUAAUCAAAAGUAAUUCAAUUAAUAAUAAUAAUUUAAUUAAAAAUAGUAAAUUAAUAGAUUCAUUACCAAAAUAUAAAUAUAUAAAAAGUAGUAUGAAAAGUUAUGAUGAAUUUAAUGGACCGGUAAAUCAUUUUAUAAAAAAUAAUUCAACAGCACCCAUUCAUAUAAAAUUUAAACACGGUAGUUAUGAAAAGGUUUAUUUUGUUUAUGAUACAGAUACAACCGAUAAACUUUAUGAUUCCAUUUUAGGAACAACUUCGAAUGAAGAUUUGAUUUUUGAGGAUAUGAAGUUACCAAGAGGAUUGACAAUUGAAGAGGCUGGUUUUUUCCCAGGUAUGAAUUACGUAACAGUAAAGAAUAUAAAUCCUAAAUUUUUAGUAGAGAAAGAGUUUUUUAUAAGACUUAAUUUUAUAUACACAGAUUCCAUUGACCUGAGAAUAAAGGAAGAUGCAACGGUUGAUUCUAUUUGUAAGAUGUAUGGAGAAAAAUAUAUAUUAAUAAAAAAUGGAUCAUAUUUAGACAUGUCAUUUAAAAUUAAAGAUGUUUUUAAUUGUGGAGAGUGCGUAGAUUUAGUUGAGAGAAGUUUGUGUGAAUAA